AUGCCCACUCCACCACCCACGUGGGAUAGUGGUGCCGCCUUUUGGCAACACUCAGCACCUGACGACCGGCUGCAUGGCGCCCCGCCGUCUUAUUAUAACGCGAGGGCCCAACCGCAACUUUCUUCAUCCCCCCCUCAGUCUAUUACAACAUUCCCGCGGUUAACUGCCUUUGACCAGCGCUGCUUCGGACCACCAUGGGGAGCGGACCAGAGCGCCAGCAGCUGCUGUGAGAGCGGAAGAAUGUCUCCAUCAACCACUCGUUUUCAAGAUCCUCAGUGUUCGAUACCGCUCAUCCCGGAUGGAGAUCGAAUAGAUGAAGAUGGAUACAGUAACACCGGCAUUCACGUGACGGUACGCCACGGCUUGCCGCACUACCGCACUCCGAGUUCAAUUAACUACAGUGACACCGCAAGCAACCAGGAAGCCCCAGCGACAAGAGUGAGUCCGGCCGGCACGUCAAUGCAGCGCCACGUGCGCACCGGAACGUUCCACUGGGAUUGGAAGAAGUCAGAGCAGCAGGAAUAUAAGGACGUUCUGUAG